AGAACAGCCGUCGCAUCUGUGAAGCUAAUGGCAGAUCAUGAAGUUGUCAAGUCGAAAAGCUGGAUUUGGGGGUGGUUUAGCUGGUCUGUCUCAUCUUCAACUAUGCUCCGUGCUGCAGAGAAGAAAAUUCUUUCCUGUUUGAAAACUGCAUAUCGUGGAUGGUAUGUGGACAUAGGACCUGUUGUUGGAACAACAGAUAAAAUAUGGACCAUUUCUUUGAACGAAGAGUCACCAAAAACACCAAUUGUUUUGUUGCAUGGCCUGGGAGCUGGUGUAGCACUGUGGUGCUUAAACUUAGAUGCAUUUGCUUCUCAGAGACCAGUAUAUGCUAUUGAUAUACUAGGUUUCGGUAGAAGUAGCCGUCCUGUUUUUAGUAACGAAGCCCAAGAAGCCGAAAACCAGCUGGUCCAAUCCAUCGAAGAAUGGAGAAGGGAAAUGCAAUUAGAAAAAUUCGUCUUGCUGGGUCACUCGAUGGGUGGCUUCCUCGCAGCAUCAUAUUCUAUUCAACAUCCUGAAAGGAUUAAGCAUCUUAUACUUGCGGAUCCUUGGGGAUUCCCUGAAAGGCCUAUAGAACCAUCUUCCAGAGCACCUAUACCUUUCUGGGUGAAAGCUAUAGCAUAUGUGAUCCAACCACUGAACCCAUUAUGGGCGGUCAGAGUAGCUGGUCCAUUUGGACAGUGGCUCAUUGAGAAAACUAGACCCGAUAUUGUGAAAAAAUUCACACCAGUGUUAAAAGAUGAUACUGCUGUCAUUUCGCAGUAUAUACAUCAAUGUAAUGCACAGACACCAACGGGUGAAAGCGCAUUCCAUGCAAUGAUGCAAGGUUUUGGCUGGGCUAAACAUCCUAUCGUCAGGAGAAUAGAUAAGUUGAAUUUAGAAAUUCCAAUAACUUUACUGUACGGUAGUCGAUCGUGGGUCGAUAACUCCUCUUGGGAAACACUUAAGCAGGCUAGGUCAUCGUCUUACAUCAAUGUUCAGGCAAUAACAGGGGCAGGUCACCAUGUUUAUGCGGAUAAAAGUGACAUUUUCAAUAAAUAUGUAUUAGAAGCAUGUAAUUUAAGUGAUUCGAUACCCCAGUUAACAGCGUCGGAACUUCGUCUGAAUAUUAGGCCUAUAAGUGAUCAAUUGGCAGUAAUUCUUACAGACGAAGAAGUUCAGUUAAAAGUUAUGGAAGAACAAGAAUUAAAUACAACACAGACACGAUCUAGUUGA